CAUCCGAUUGAUGAACUCAUCGCCGAUGCCGAAAAGGGCUUCUCUGCCCUUCUGAAAACCGAGGCUGUGAGCCUGAAGGACGCCGCUGCCAAGUACCGCAGGAAAAGGGGAAGACAUCCACCGCCAGACUUUGACGCUUGGUAUAAUUUUGCUUCGUCCAGUGGCUCCGUCAUCGUUGAGGAUUUCUGGGACCAGAUUUAUCAUGAUCUCGGCCCCUUCUGGGGCGUCAAUCCGAGCACUCUACGCCAACAAGCUCACGGCCUGAAACCCAAGAUUUCCAUCCGUAAUGGAAAAGUCGAAUCAGAUCCGCAAGGUGCAUAUACGAAGUUGCAGCAGUGGACAGACAUGGUUCUAACUCUUUCCUCUCACAAGCAUGUAAGACUUCCAGACGUGGAUUUACCAUUCAAUGUCAAUGAAGAGCCUGCGCUCGCGGUGCCUUGGGAGACCAUCGAUACCAUGCUAUCGUUUUCCCGUCGGAUCAAAGCAUCGAUCGCAGACGUUCAGACUAGCUUCACAGAUCUAGAAACACCCGAAACGACAGCAAACGAGACUUUUGGAUUCGACCCGGAAUGGCUUGGUCCUCGCCGCACCCAUCCUGCUUCAGCACUAGGUCCACGUCCAUACUGGACAGUCGUACGGCCCGCUUGCCACCCAAGGUCUCCAUCAAGACUUCACAGUAUAAUGUCUGAUAUUUGGGACCUACACGGACGUACCAGCGAAGCACAUUCGGCUGUAAACAUAACACCCGGUGGCUGGCCGCUAGGAACCUUGAGGGGAUAUGUGAAGAACUGGACAAUAGCAACGGACGUGUGUCGACACAGUCAUUUGCAAGGACUUCAUGGAGCUUUUGUUGCGCCCGAGCACAUGAGCGUGAGUGAGAAAAUGUUUCCGUUGUUUGGGGCAAGCAAAUUCAGCAUGAGCAAUGAGAUUUUGUUGCCGGGAGCCCUGGAAUGGAACCGUACAGAAAUAUCAUCAUCGGUAGAUCAUUCCGUUGGAGUGAAUUGGGCAACCAGACAGGAUAAGUUGUUCUGGCGUGGCCCAGCAACAGGCGGACAGUAUAGUAAGAGUAAUUGGAACCGAUCACAUCGACACCGCUUCGUAGGCAUGUUGAAUGGUUCAAACAUCCUGAUGGUGGACCAGAGUCCUAAUGUAACGACCUCCGGACAAGAUAUUAGUUCUAGCAGGACCUUCCGCCUCCCUUCUAGAGAUGCAUAUCUCUUACCUUCUCGCCAUGACCACCAUCUUGCGGCAUGGGUCUCGAGCUGGGCAGAUGCAUCAUUUCGAACAGAAACUUUGGACUGUGAGAAACUCUCGGGCGAAGAAUCACCACGAUGCCCCUCGUCCUUCUUCUCCGUUGCUCAGGCAGCUAGUGGAAGGGAUAUCGAACAGCACAAAUACACAGCGGUGGUUGAUGGCAAUGGUGGCGACGAUGGCGGGGAAUUCACCAGAGCUCUUGAGAAUGGACUUGUUACUUUAAGAGGCAGCGUGUAUCGUCAAUGGUACGAUGCACGGAUUAAGCCUUGGGUACACUAUGUUCCAAUGGACAAUACGUUCAUCGAUUUAUUGGGGAUCAUGGAAUAUUUCCUUCCUUGGAGUGUUGGCCAUGAUGAGCAAGCAAGAAAAAUCGCGAAAACCGGCCAGAAAUGGGCCAGAAAGGUAUUGCGAAGGGAAGACAUGUUGAUAUACGUCUAUCGUUUGAUUCUCGAAUUUGCGCGAGUUGUCGACGAUUCUCGGGAAAGGUUGGGGUGGGUGGAA